AUGGACCUUCGUCAAGCUCUAGUUGGAACGCCAAUUAAUGACCUGGACCAUUCUUGGCUCUUUGUAAACUAUCAAAAUGUUCUGGACCUUCUAAGGACCGCAACUAUCUCCGGAAGAACUGCAGCAGCCGAUACCGUCAGUGUUUGGAUUCAGCGCUGCCUCCAGAUCAACGACCCUGGGGCAGCUGUCCAGGUGGUUUCGCUAGAAAGUUUGACAGAAAUAUAUUAUUUUAUUUGUGACAACUGGAACGAUGCAACUCCUGCACUGUCCAAUGCUUUAAGGGAUCUUUUUAAGAAGCUUUUGUCGCUAAAGACUCGACUGUACCCCGAAAACUCUGCAGAAAGCUGGGUUCGCUAUAUCGCUGCAUUUCCUUCAUCCAACAAAGCUCUUUACUAUGUUAUUGAGCCCUUGGCCAAGUUCUUGCCCAAUCCCUAUUCCUGGGGUCUUGAACAGGGCUUUUAUAACCGUGCGUUUGCACUCAUGAGCACCUUGGAACAUGCAAACCCUGUUGGCAAAGCUCUUGCAUCACUUUUGCAUUUCCACAAGGGCACAGAUCGUAACCAAUGGGUACGCGAAUGGUCCCAGUAUGUCUACCGUUCGCUCAAAUCCCCCUCGCGCACAAACGUGCUGAUAUACUUUCUUCCGUUGAUCCUCCGCGGUCAACCUUUAGAAGUAUUUGACGCAUUUUACGGGGGUAUUCCAGACCCCUCGCUGGAAGAUGCGACCGGGUGCUUGAAAGUAGCCCAUGAGUUGGACCUGGAUAUCUCUAGAUAUAUGGACAGCUCGAUGACCGAAUGCCUACACCACGCUUCGAGAUCGCUCAGGGUCGAGGUACUUUCCCUGUUGACUAUUUCCAAACAAACGUCACGCCCUGUACCCCGGUCUACUUAUGAAGCCAUCAAGCAGAAUUCAGAUGCACUUCUGUGCGAGGCUGAUCCCAAGUUCCGAAAUCAAGUAUAUGGGCUUUUGAGGCAGUUUGUGUUCAGGGUCCGUGGCUCCACGUAUGGAAUUGUCCGUGACUUUAAAGGAGAAGGAGAGCCCACGGAGGUCACUGAGGCCAAGGAAUUCUUCGGUUGGCUACCUUCAUACAUGUCAGAACUUCUUCAACCAGGAACACCGUAUCGUGGUCUUGUCACAGCGUUUCAGUACCUUGAACUGCUAGCAGUCAGUGGUCUUGAUAAGCGUGUGGAUUCGAAACAUUUCGAAGCCUCGCCCGUUCCUUUUGCAUUCUCUGUCGACAUCUUCGACCGCGACCUUGUGCGUGACCUCAUCAACAAUAUUCCUAAUGACUACCAGGAUAUUCGUCGUGCUGCGGCUAAGCUCAUCGAGAUGGCCCCUACGCCAGUUCCAUUUUUGGAAAACAACGAACAGGUUGACAAAAUUGCUGCCUUUGCGGAACCGCUGAUCGCUGGAGUCCGCGGUAGACAGGGCGAUGGUGGUGCCCGGGUGGCUCAACUCGUUUACAGGAGCUAUGAUGACCUGGGAAGUCAAAACUAUCUUAAUAAAUUAUUGGAGUCAACAGAACAAAAGGUAUCCAUGGCAGUCAAUGACUUGAAAAGUGCCGUCGAGGACCAUGGAGUUCACGGAUACUUCCAGUCCUUGGCCCUGAUUGCAGAGACAGAGCGAUACAAGCAGACAGCAAGCAAAGAGACUAUCACAAGAAUGCUAGAAUGUGCCGCACAGAUUUGGGUUGCCACGCGUGAUGUCUUAACUAAUGGUGCGCCUGAGGGCAAUAUUCCGAUGCCCUCAGACGCAGGGUUUGAAGAGGGCCUUUCAAGCAAGUAUGGUGCUCUAGGCCAAGUGAUUUUGAGCUAUUCUUGGCGGGCAGUUCGCGAGUCUGCUAAUCUUUUAAUGGUUCUGAUGCCCGUGCUUGAAGUAGAGCAGCUCAAACCUCUUGGCGAACUCUUGAUAGAGCAGCUCACUUCCAUUCGCCACCGGGGUGCUUUUAUGUCGAUUACCGGGCCUCUUCAGGCCUGCUGCAGCCGGUGCUAUGCUGUUCCCACCCUCCAGUCAUUACCGCUAGAGUGGCUCGAAACGCACCUGCAGGAGAUCCUAAUUCACACCAAGUUAAUUACCAGACGGUCGGCGGGGCUUCCGCUGUUGGUGACGAGUAUUUUGGUUUCGCAUCCGAAGCCAUUAGAACCGGCAGUAGACAGGGUUAUGGACAGGCUUUUCGAGAUCGCAAACAUUCCUAUUCCUAUUUCUACCGAAGAGUCUAAACUUGAUUUACCCCAGGUGCACGCUUUCAACUGUAUCAAGGCGACACUAUGGGAAUCACUACUGACCAAGCCAACAGCCCGUCAUGUGGAACGAGCGCUUGUGCUCGCGAUCAUGGCUUUCACUUCUCCAGUGUGGGCAAUCCGUAAUUGCGGUGUUAUGCUUUUCAGCACACUGCAUAAUCGUCUUUUUGGUGUGCGAGUUGCUUCUAUGUCUGCACGAGUUUUCUUUACUAGAUUCAAGUCUAUCCGCCGGCUGCUUUAUGACCACUUGAAUGUUUAUGUCGCUUCAGCAUCGUCGGCUGAUCUAGAGACCGUGUACCCCAUCCUAUCGUUGCUUUUGCGAUUGGAGAGUGUGGGCAACUACGACGGUCUAGUUGAUUUUGAGGCCCCGAUCUACAAGCUGUUGUCUAGUGCAAUUUGGAAAAUUCGUGAAAUGGCGGCAUGGGUUUUCGCGGCAAUCAUCCAGCCCAAUAAUACCGUCAAGAGUGCUUUGGAGCUCAUUGAUGCUUGCACUGUUCAGAAUCAAAACCUGCUACAUGGCCACGCGAUGGCGUUGAACUCACUGAAAGUUGAUACAACAAACCAAGAGAUUUUGACCAAGCUUCGGCAGCGGGCAGGUGAAUUGUAUUUCAACAACAAGAGCCCCGAGACACGGGUUGAGGUCUUUAAACUGCUUGAGAAGUUCGGUAUGAAGCCAAAGUUUGUAUGGGCUGAGGCUUCACCGUACUUGAGCCCAAGCGAGAAUGUUUUAAAGGGGUUGAUUGCUGCCAGAGAAAUGAAAGAUGGGGUCGACGAUGACGUUGUUGCCCAGUUUCUGGCCAGUGAUGUGGACGACGUACAUUUUUCGGUGCUGGAUGAGCUCCGUCACGUUUCUGCCAAGCUAUAUGCUCCACUUCUUGGCCUGCUUGGUCGAACAAAAAACCCCUUUGUCAAAGUAGCCUGUCUUGACGCGAUUUCAAAAAAGGACGAGGGGAACUUUGGUGACUUGAGCUAUUUGUUAGAUGAAAAAGAAGCACAAAGCGUUCGCGAAAAGGCCUUGGAAUCUCUCGGGAAGUUUGCUGCGACCGCGGCCGAUGCAGAGCGAGAUCAGUGGCUCAACGCGGUGUGCGACUUUGCUCAGGACGACAGCCCGUCUGCCGCCCGCCUGAGUGCCCUGGUGUCAUGUCAAAGCUUCUUGAGCAAGAAGCCAGAAAUGGACGAGAACUUUAAAGAUAGCUUGUUUUAUCAAAUCUACAUGCUGCUAUCUGAUGACGAGGAGAUGCUGAGAGAUCGUGCAGGACAGGUUGCAUCAGAGAUCGUCGGCGCCUCAACGGCUUGGGAGCCCCGAUACUGCGAGGCACGCUUAGUUGAACUGAUAUCUCCUGGCUUCCGUGCAAAGCAGCGCAAGGGUCUGGCUCCGAUCGGCGAGCAAGUAAGUGCUGCUUUGGAAACCGAUGAGACGCUUUUUGUUGUGGAAAAGGCGAAUCUGUACAGAGAUGAAACGAGGCUUGUAAAGCAGCUCGGAUCGGGUGAAAAAUGCGCGAUUCCGGACAGGCUGGCACAACUCGACCUGGAUAGCCCCCUGGGGUGGUCAACAAAUGCAGAGAUAUCUCUUUUGAUGGCCAGACUGGGGUACGCACGUUGA